AUGAACCUGUCAUGCCACGGUGCCCACGCCAGCUAUGCUCAGAAGCUUCUGAAAGACCUGUUCAUCAACUACACCAGCGCCCUACGGCCAGUGGCGGACACCAAGAACAUCCUAAAUGUCACCUUACAGAUCACCCUCUCACAGAUCAUUGAUAUGGAUGAGCGUAACCAGAUCCUUACAGCAUACCUAUGGAUACGACAGGUGUGGGUAGAUGUACACCUAAGGUGGAAUAAAGAUGACUAUGAUGGACUCGAUACCAUCCGUAUACCUAGUAGUUAUGUAUGGAGACCUGAUAUUGUCCUAUAUAACAACGCUGACGAUCACUUCACCGGCUCCAUGGACACCAACGUGGUGAUACGGCACGACGGCCAGAUCAUGUGGGACUCGCCGGCCAUCACCAAGAGCUCCUGCAAGGUGGACGUGUCCUACUUCCCCUUCGACGCCCAGCAGUGCCGCCUGACCUACGGCUCCUGGACCUACAACGGCAACCAGCUGGACCUGCUGAACGCCAUGGAGACGGCCGACCUGGCCGACCUCGUCAACAAUGUGGAGUGGGAGGUGCUGGGCAUGCCAGCCGAGAGGAAUGUGGUGCUGUACGGGUGCUGCGCAGACCCCUACCCAGACGUCACCUACACGCUGAAGCUGAAGCGCCGGGCGUCCUUCUACGUCUUCAACCUGCUCAUCCCCUGCGUGAUGAUCUCCUUCCUGGCACCGCUGGGCUUCUACCUGCCGGCGGACUCGGGGGAGAAGGUGUCCCUGGGUGUCACGGUGAUGCUGGCCCUCACCGUCUUCCAGCUGCUGGUGGCCGAGAUCAUGCCGCCGUCUGAGAAUGUGCCCCUCAUUGGUAAAUACUACAUAGCCACCAUGACGAUGAUCACGGCCUCCACAGCCUUGACCAUCUUCAUCAUGAACAUCCAUUACUGCGGCCCAGAGGCCAGGCCUGUGCCCCGCUGGGCCAAGAAGUUCAUCCUGCAGUACCUGGCCCGCAUCUGCUUCGUCUUCGAGGUGGGCGAGAACUGCAUGAUGCCCCAGCCAGAGAAACCGGAUCCUCCCCCGGAAAAGAUCGCCGCCACCUCCAUUACAGCUGCAGACUGUAGGAUGAACGGACAGGUGGUGAAAGGAGGAGAGAGCAUCCUGAGGAUGGAGCGGGGGCAGCAAGAUGAAAUGUCCCAGAAGAUCCUGGACGAGAGCGACGACACGGACCAAGUCACCAGCCCCUCAGGCUCUAUCGGAAGGAACCCCACCAACCGCUUCACGGCAUGGAAGAAUGGGGUAUUCAUGAGCAUGGACUGUGGGGACAUGCCCACUGCUGGGUCCCCAAAGCGGGGAAGGUGUUGUGAGGGAGGGUGCGAAACAGGAGGAGAUGGAGGAGGAGCGGGAGGGAAGGAGGCACAGUCUAACAGUGGGAGGUGCCUGUGCGAACAGCAGGAACUCCCAAGGAACAUCGAGUACAUCGCCAACUGCUACCGGGACCAGAGGGCCACCCAGAGGAGGACGGGAGAGUGGAAGAAGGUGGCCAAGGUGCUGGAUCGCUUCUUCAUGUGGAUCUUCUUCAUCAUGGUGUUCCUCAUGAGCUUGCUAAUCAUGGGGAAGGCCAUCUGAGAUACACCAUGGGUGUAGCGGCAGAACAAAUGGUGGGUGAGCUAUUCUCACAAAAUUAAGUGGGCCAUGUGUACUCAUAGCAUUGGAUUAGACAGGACCUUCAUCAUGGUUUUCCUGAUCAGCUUACAGCUCUAUCAUAUCAAAGACUUUAUGGUCCACAAGAUUCCCACUAUAAUUUUAACCAUCACAACCAAAAUCUCUUCUGUGGUUGAGGGUGUGUAGCCCAUUCCAGGAAAAUUUUCCUAACCUCCAGGCCUGCUUUGGUGUUUCAUUAGGCCUAUAUCAAAAUCAAACUGGACUGGUAGGGUUUCAAUAGUAAGGGAUGCAGAAUCAAUGUGUUUGACUUCCAACAGACAAUAUCCCAGAUCAAACUUCAGCUGAAAGAACCAACAGAGAGCAUCUGAAGGACUGGUGAAUAAAAAGAACUCCACUAAAACCGUAUAAAUAUACAGAAGCUAUAAAAAUGAACAAACGUAAUUAAUUCAUAGCUAUUUCAGUGUUGUAAUCAUUUGUAAU